GAGUCAACCCGCUGUAAGGCCUCUUUCAUCGGACUGGACUCAAAAUGUCCCACCGUAAGUUUUCGGCCCCCCGCCACGGGUCCCUGGGCUUCCUGCCCCGCAAAAGGAGUCGUCGCCACCGGGGAAAGGCCAAGAGCUUCCCCAAGGAUGACCCCAGCAAGCCGGUUCACCUGACGGCCUUCCUGGGCUACAAGGCCGGCAUGACGCACAUCGUCCGCGAGGUCGACAGACCCGGCUCAAAGGUCAACAAGAAGGAAGUGGUGGAGGCCGUGACCAUCGUGGAGACCCCUCCCAUGAUGGUGGUUGGAGUAGUCGGUUACGUCAACACCCCGCGUGGCCUCCGCUCCUUCAAGACCAUCUUUGCUGAGCACAUCAGCGACGAGUGCAAGCGCCGCUUCUACCAGAACUGGUACAAGUCCAAGAAGAAGGCUUACACCAAAUACUCCAAGAAAUGGCAGGACGACGAGGGCAAGAAGCAGCUGGAGAAGGACUUCGCCGCCAUGAAGAAGUACUGCCAGGUCGUCCGCAUCAUCACCCACACACAGAUGCGUCUGCUGCCGCUGAGGCAGAAGAAGGCUCACCUCAUGGAGGUGCAGCUGAACGGCGGCUCCAUCUCCGAUAAGGUGGACUGGGCCCGCGAGAAGCUGGAGCAGGCCGUGCCCGUGAACACCGUCUUCUCCCAGGACGAGAUGAUCGACGUCAUUGGCGUCACCAAGGGUCACGGAUACAAAGGCGUCACCAGCCGUUGGCACACAAAGAAGCUUCCCCGUAAGACCCAUCGUGGUCUGCGUAAGGUGGCCUGCAUCGGCGCCUGGCAUCCUGCCCGCGUGGCCUUCUCCGUGGCCCGCGCCGGUCAGAAGGGAUACCACCACCGGACGGAGAUCAACAAGAAGAUCUACAAGAUCGGCCAGGGCUACCACACCAAGGACGGCAAGCUGAUCAAGAACAAUGCGUCCACGGAGUACGAUCUGUCCAACAAGAGCAUCAACCCCCUGGGUGGAUUUGUCCACUACGGAGAUGUGACCAACGACUUCGUCAUGGUGAAGGGAUGCGUCGUGGGAACCAAGAAGAGGGUGCUGACUCUGCGCAAGUCUCUGCUGGUGCAGAGCAGCCGGCGUGCUCUGGAGAAGAUCGACCUGAAGUUCAUCGACACCACCUCCAAGUUCGGUCACGGACGCUUCCAGACCAUCGAGGAAAAGAAAGCAUUCAUGGGACCGCUCAAGAAGGAUCGCGUUACCAAGGAAGAGACUGCCUGAAGUCCCGGCCUUCCAGCGCCGUCUCUGCUGCGUUAACAGUCACCACAUCCGCUGUUGUGCAGAGUUGUUUAAUAAAACCCCUAAAAAAAAUCA